AUGUCAGUGCCCGUCGAAGUCGACAACAACGUCAUCCUCCUCCCGCAAACCAAGCAAUUAAUCGGCCUCUACAGCAUAAUCCGCGACCGGGAGACCAAGCGCGGCGACUUUGUCUUUUACUCCGAUCGAAUCAUCCGUUUGCUAGUAGAAGAAGGCUUGAACCAAUUGCCCGUUGAGGAAACAAUCAUUGAGUGCCAUGGGGGACACCGGUACAAGGGCUCGAGGUUCCUCGGCAAGAUCUGUGGUGUUUCCAUCGUGCGCGCGGGCGAGUCGAUGGAGAUGGGGUUGAGAGAUUGUUGCAGAUCGGUCCGCAUUGGCAAGAUCUUGAUUCAACGAGACGAAGAGACGGCGUUGCCCAAGUUGUUCUACGAGAAGUUGCCGGAGGAUAUAAGCGAGCGCUAUGUUUUCCUAUUGGAUCCCAUGUUGGCCACCGGUGGUUCGGCCAUGAUGGCGGUCGAGGUCUUGUUGGCGCGCGGGGUCAAGAUGGAUAGAAUCUUUUUCUUGAACUUGUUGGCUGCUCCUGAAGGUAUCAAGGCGUUCCGUGAUAGAUACCCCGACGUGAAGAUCAUCACUGGUGGAAUCGAUGAAAAAUUGGAUGAGGAUAAAUUCAUUGUUCCUGGGUUGGGCGAUUUCGGUGACAGAUAUUAUUGUAUUUAA